CUGGCUAAGUACCAGACACAAUUUUAUAAAUUUUUAGGUGAAGCAGCAACGAUAAGCCGAAAUGCAACAUCAAUCCUGCCACGAGCAUUCGUCCCACUACGAUCCAUUCCAGCCGCCGAUUUAGGUCAUUCGAUCCUGGCGGAUGCAAAUAAAGAUGGUUCUUUCAAAUUGCUGCAACAAGGAAACAUGUUAUCACCACGAGCAGUUCUUGCUGCAAAAGUAAUUUCCACAGUUUUUAAAGAUUCUUCGGGAUUAAUGUGGUGAUG